ACACCCACUUUACUAACGCAUUAUUAGAUAAUAUGCGCACUUAACAAGCGAAAAGAAGAGCAAUGUAAAGAUAAUACAACGAUGUUUUAAACCUUUAUUUGAUUGAAAGCACAUUUUACCGGGAUAAAAAUACUUAGAUAUAUAGAAAUAAAGUAUAUGAUCGAUUCUACGACACAAAUAAUGAAAAUGAGUUACUACGGCGGAUUGUACAAGAAACUAUCCGGCUCUCUUCGGACAUUUAGCUUAAACAUUUCUGAUGAGGACAGCCUAAAUACACCGCUGUUCAAGGACGAACCGCUAGUGGACGUCGGUAUGAAGACGUACGGGGGAAUACAUCUGAUUGAGGGCGACUCGAACGGCAAAGGGAACCACUACCGCACCCUCGGGCACAGAUUAGACAGACGGAGAAAACUUAUCAAAGCCCGGCGAAUCGUUAUUGACGUUGUGUGUGCCGUGGCGUUGCUCGGGAUUGUGUUGAUGAUGAUUGAAACGGAAUUCUAUAUUUUUCGUUAUACAGAUAAGGCUGACGCUGCUUCAGUUUUAUUUAAGAUAAGUAUAAGUAUCUCCACAGUGUUUCUUUUGUUAGGGAUAUGUUUGGACUACUACGUUGAUCUUAAAAUCAAAGCCCUCGAUGCCGGUGUAAGAGAUUGGAAGACUGUUUUUACAAACUCAACAGCAUUGUGUCUGUUUUUUGAACUGGUAGUGUGUUCAAUACAUCCAUUUCCUGGUGACAUGCGGUUCCAGUAUGUUUCUCCGUACGGUCAAGCCAGGAAGGUGAGCAUUGACGCUAUCCUCUCUAUAUUGAUGAUGUCUCGAUUGUAUUUGAUUGCCAAGUUCGCCGUUGUCCAUAGUCGCCUUCUUACGGAUUCGUCAACAAACAGUAUUGGCGCGCUUAGCAAAAUUAAGAUCAACACCAUCUUUGUUUUCAAAGCGGCGAUGACAAACAACCCGGCACAGUUACUUGUCUCAGUAAUGCUAACCACGUUCAUAGUGAACACCUGGGCAAUGAGAACCUGUGAGAGUUACUACAUUGGGACUGUGGAUCCAAAUUCCUACAUGGAAAUCAUGUGGCUCAUAGCGACCACGUUCCUCACAGUUGGCUACGGAGAUAAGAUCCCACAAAGCUACUGUGGAAGGUAUAUUUCAAUAUGCACCGGUCUAAUGGGCGUGGGAACAACGGCGCUGCUUGUUGCGGUCCUCGCGCGGAAGCUUGAGCAAACUCGCUCCGAGCGGUACGUGUUUAACAUGGUAUCACGAAUACAGAUAGAGAAAAGGAGAAAGACGGCAGCGGCAAACGUGAUUAAGUCGGUAAUACAGUUGUGGAUGGUCCGGAAGUACUCUUCCGAGGAUAAGGCGUUGAAGAGGAAGUACAUGGACCACCUGAAGGCCUCUAUUAGACAGCUGCGCACUGCAAAGAUGGAGAAAGCCCAUAUUGACGAAUUCAAUGUUGGGAUAUUGGAAGUUUCAGAGACUGUGAAUAGAAUUUCAGAUACGUUUGAUAAAUUUGAACGCGGCGAGCACAAAAGGGAAGAAUCAAGAAAUGUGUCUUUAGAAAACAGGCUUUUGGGAAUUGAACAGAAGCUGGACGAAAUAAGAACGCUAUUAAAUGUGACACGGUAGACUCGGCAUCGUUACUUACUAAUGCAGUAGCAGAACUCAUGGUUACGUAUGUUGUCAGAAUGCUUAAAGGCAAUAAUUAAAUCAAUUUGUUUAUUUCAUGGUUGUGAAAAGAUUUGCUACAAAUAAAACAUUUUAUUUCUGAGUUAUAUAGACUUAAUUUUAUUUUUGGAGGAGAUGAUGAUGAUGAUGAUGAUGAUGAUGAUGAUGAUGAUGAUGAUGAUGGUGAUGAUGAUGAUGAUCGUGGUAGUGAACCUUUUAUCCGCCAUAUUUGAGUUUGAGAUUUACUGCAAAUCGCCAAAAAGGGGCGCCAUUCAGUGUAGGUGAACAAAUUCAUUAAUUAUGUGUAAUGCAGUGUCAACGUAAAGUAAUGACAAAACAGGGCGGGUCUCAGCUUUUGCCAAGCAAGAGAAAUGACGUAGAAUGAGAAAAUUAUAAAAUCGAUUUCCCAAAAUAUAUCGCAAAAUGAAUAGUGAUAGAUAAAACAAUUUAUUUUGGCAUUCACAGACAGAAUUUUUCUGUAAAAAAGUAAACUCAAAAAGUUCACUAUUAAAAAAACGUUAUCUAUUAUGUAAAAAGUUCACUUUUCUCAGAUUUCUAUGUUGCACUUUGUUGACACUGUAUGUUGUAAUAUAGGUACCUUCUCCGUAUAUGAUGUCGACUUGCACCUUUAAGUAUUACGUUGUCUCUUAUCAUGUCCUUCGUUACCUGUAAAAUCUAUCGUAAAAUUUAAAUAAGCCUUACGUGCUCCACUUGCUAUGUCAUUUGUAAAUGUUUAAUCGUGUAUUUUGUUUUUCUCACGGGCCAUGUGGCUUAUUGAACAUGUAGUCAAAAAAACCAUAUCUCCAUAUCUGACUGAUGAGUGAAAUAUAUGUUCUAUAACUCAUAUAUACUUCCAUUAUUCGAUUACUGUUGUCAUAUUUGGGGCAAAUGCAAUGGUUCAAAUGUUAAUAAAAUAAACAUUCUACAAAAAAGAGUGGCAAGAAUAAUAUAAAAAAGACCAAAGCGAUCGUCAUCUUUUGAACUGUUGCACGAGUUAAAAUGGUUAACUCUUAACAGAUAGAUGUAACUAUCAUACUGCCGUACUUGUAUAUAAAACCAUACCUGAUACGGUACCAACAUACAUGUCAGAUCUUUUACCAUUUUCAAAUGAUGAAAUUAUACUCUUAGAUCAGUUUCAAAAAAGGUACUUAUUUGCAAUAUGUUGCCUAGAACAAUUUAUCUCAAGAAUUCCUUUUCAUAUCAGUAUGCACGUAUGGAAUGAAAUACCUAUAGAAGUAAGAAAUGUCCAUAAAUUGGCAACGUUCAAAUUUAAGUAUAAAAUUUUCCUUUUGAAUAGCAUUUAAACAUUCUAGUAAAGACUUGAACUCCGACUGAAGAUAUUCAAACAAUUUGUUUAAACCUUAUAUGCAUUAUUAUAUUUCUCACUUAUUGUAAAAUAAAUUGGGUGUUUGUCUAUAAGGGCGUGAAAUUCGUGUGUUUACCACGGUUUAUUAUUCAUUACUGCUUCAUAUGAUGAUUUAUUUUUAUCCUUUUUGCGAUUUGAAUGAUGGUAUACAUGUGUGAAUUGUAUACAUGUGUUUGCCAUGAUUAACAUGUUUAAUUAUGCAUUGAUGCUUUAUAUGACUUGUUGUUUAUCGUAUUUGAUGAUAUUUGAAUAAUAGUAUGUAUACAUGUGUGAAUUGUGUAAAGAUGUCAUUAUGUUUUGUUUUAGAAGGCCAUAUUGAAAAUAUGAUGUUUUAGAGUUGACACUGUAAUUAUGUCAUAAUGUGUUACCUUCUUAAAAUAAAGAUGUUAUUAUUA